CAGGGGAGCAAAUGUAAGAAUUGUCUCACAUUACUCCGCUCUCCCCUAUCUGGAAACAUGAGAUGCAGCUUAACUUAUUUUUGGGGCACUUAUUGUUUGCAAAUAUCAUUUUUGAUUUCGAGUGAUUAUUGGGUUCAUUAUAUUAUAAAGAUACAAGGUUUUAUUGCAUUUAAAAAUCCUUCAGUGUAAUGGUCCUGUAGCACUUUUUUUAUCAUUAGUUUAAUGUUAUUAUUUCCCUCUGCUUUUCUGUCUGUGGUUAUUCUGCUCCUCACUUAUUUUGACCUCAGGUGUUUUCAUUUGCAACUUGUUGUCUUGUCACCCCUGCUUGCUUCACCGCUCUCUGUGUUUCACCACAUUGGGUUCUGCUUGUAGAAAACCUGCUGUGGAAUAAGUGCACCCAGCGGAAGAGAUGAUGUAACUUCUGCUCAUUUGCUUUUUGCCAUUGUACAUUAACAGGUUUAAAGACAGGAUCCAUCCACAGUUCUUCCUCUUCAAACUUUACCCUCCUCGACGUCCUCCUGCGUCAUGACUGCCGGGCUGGGCGUUGUGCUCCUGAUGGCGGCGGGCCUCUCGGGCCUCGUUCACUGCUUCCAACCUCUCUUCUCAUCCAAUUCCAGCACUCACAGGGACAUCACAAUAACGGCCGUUCUUAGAAAGACGUUUGAGGUCUGCCGAGAUAUCACUGUCUCUGAGGGACGGGAAUUCAACCUGACUAUUGGAGACGUCCUGACAACGGACGAUGUGCAAAUGGCCUGUUCCUCCCCAGGGAAUUCCACAGCUCUCCUUUCCAGUGUCAUUUUCCAAACGUCCCUGUUCAACAUGGUCUUCGGCAAUGCUAGGGUGGAUGUGGUGUAUGACCUGAGUGAGGAGCACCAUUUUGAUGAUGAAACCUUCCAGGGAGGACGUGAUGUAAUCACUGCAGGGGUGGCUGCUGUUAAGGCCAUUGUGAAGCAGGAGAACUUUGUCACAGGGAGAUGGACUCUCGGACAAGUCUGUCACACCCUGCAGGACUUCUACAGCCACAGUAACUGGGUGGAGCUAGGGAAGAAAGCUCCUUACACUGCCCUGAUCAUACCAGACCAGCCUCUCAAGAACCUAACAGACAGGAGUACGCCAACCUGUAGUAGCUGUGAAGAAGGGAAAUGUGAUAACAACAUCCUGCCUUUUGUGCUGCAGCAGGGGCUUCUCACCUCAGGCUACUUCAGCAUCUUCUCCUCAGAAAAACCUGCUGGUAAAUGCAGCCACGGUGGUUCAUUUGACAAGACCAGCGAGCAGGACCCAACAGGGGGCAUCAGUAAGGAUGACAUCAGAUCCAGUCACGGCUCACUUCAUAAAGCAGCGGCCAAAUUGGCAGAGGAUGCCACAUUGGAGCUACUGGAGGACAUCAGAGUAGCUGUCGGGGACAGGAGCUUCCUGCGACUGAUGGGCCUCUCCCAGUCCUCUGUGCUGUGUUUUGUGAUCGACACCACAGGCAGUAUGCGAACAGACAUCGCCGAAGCAAAGAGAGUUUCCUUCUCCAUCAUCGACAGUAAGAGGGGAACCCCCCAAGAGCCCUCUGCCUACAUACUGGUGCCUUUCAAUGACCCAGGAUUUGGACCUCUGACCAUAACAACCAAUGCAGAUGUAUUUAAAGACAACAUCAACAAGCUGUCUGCAAGGGGUGGAGGAGACAUCCCAGAGCUAAGUUUGUCUGGACUUCAGCUCGCCCUGACUGGGGCGCCUCCCUCCACUGAGAUCUUUGUCUUCACUGAUGCUGCAGCUAAAGAUGCCCACCUGAAAAGCACCAUCAUUGCUCUUAUUGAGAGCACCAAGUCUGUGGUUACUUUCAUGUUGACCCGAGCUCCGAGUCCAAUGAGCCAAGCAGAUGCUCAGCUGUACCGUGACCUGGCCCAAGCUUCUGGAGGUCUGGCCAUUGAAGUCACGAAGUCAGACCUCUCUGUGGCUACAAGUAUUACAGAAGAUUCAACAGCCAUUGCAGUGGUGACAGUUUUUCAGGUAAUGAAGAAUCCCGGGCGGCCUGAUCAUUUUACAUUUAUUGUUGAUGGUUCGUUGAGGAACGUGAUUGUAUACGUCACAGGAGACUCAUCUCUCACCUUCAUUCUCACCAGCUCCUCAGGUUUAUCUCAGACCUCCAGUCAGUCCAGUGGUCCUCUGGCAUCCUCCAUUACAGCAGGAAACCUACGUCGUCUGGGCCUCAACACUGAUAAUCAAACAGGAUCAUGGCAAAUCAGUGUUGACUCUAAUAGUCCUUAUUCUGUUAAGGUCAUAGGUCAGAGUUCAUUGAACUUCAUUUAUUACCUCUUGGAAGCAGAUGAGGGAGCCCACAGAGGCUUAAACCUAAAGGAGGGACGUCCUCUUUCAGGUGGCAAUCUCAGCCUCUUGGUCUUUGUGGCAGGAAGCGACAAGUUGAAAGUAUCAGAGGUCAUUCUGUUUGACAGCUCUGGGCCAACGGAGGUCAAUGGAUCAAUACAGUUGAUGGGACGUGGUAACUUCCUGGUGACAUUCAGCAGAAUCCCAGCAGGGAACUACGUGGUUCGUUUGAAAGGAGAGGACAGCAGCGCCACCUCAAUGUCCUCAAAGAGCAGUUUCCAGAGACAGUCCUCCACAUUGAUCAGGACCUCCAACAUCUCUGUAACUGCUCAAGACACCAACACAAACAUAGAGCCAGGUUCCACCAUCUCCUUCCCCUUCACUGUCGCCACAACCAACAGAGGGGUUGUUGACAACUCUGCAACUGAGACCUUCACGGUCCGUGCAAACAACGACCGCAGCUACGCUUCCUCUUCACCCAGCACGGUUACCGCAGAACCAGGAAGUGGAGGCACAGCCAAUGGUACCGUGACCUUUACAGUACCGGGCAGCGCCGUGUCAGGAACAGAUGUGACCCUCACCAUCGAGGCAGAAAACGCAGCCGCCAGUGACUUCAACUAUGCCGUCCUCAGGUUUUCUGUGGUGUCCAAGGUGACAGAUACUACCCCCCCCGAAUGCCGCGUCAGCAGCACAUCGACCAACUGUACGUCCUCUCACUCGCUCUGUUCUUCCUCUCAUUGGGAAUUUAUUGCUAAUUUCACUGAUGGCAUCAAUGGAACCGGCAUUGAUCGCAUCGUCGUCGUCAAGGGGAACGGUACCCUCAACACCAGCACAGUGGCUGGAGCGGGGGGUGAGAAAAUUACGGUGAUUACCUACAGCGCCUCCUGCUGUGCACCGAACGUGGUGCUUGCCGCUGUGGACAACGUGGGGAAUGUGGGCCAGUGUGAGAGACAGGUUCGGGAAUCAACCACAGCUCCAACUAUGACUCCACCUGCGACUUCACCUGUGACUCCAACUACGACUCCACGUAUGACUACAAUCCCAGCCGCAACUACGAGUCCACGUACGACUACAACAACAGAGUCAACUACGACUCCACCUGCGACUUCACCUGCGACUUCACCUGCGACUUCACCUGCGACUUCACCUACGACUCCACGUAUGACUACGACCCCAGCCACAACUACGAGUCCACGUACGACUACAACAACAGAGUCAACUACGACUCCACCUGCGACUCCACCUGCGACUUCACCUGUGACUCCAACUACGACUCCAACUAUGAGUCCACCUGCGACUUCACCUGCGACUUCACCUGCGACUUCACCUGCGACUUCACCUACGACUCCACGUAUGACUACGACCCCAGCCACAACUACGACUCCACGUACGACUACAACCACAGAGUCAACUACGACUCCACCUGCGAGUUCACCUGCGACUCCAACUACGACUCCACAUAUGACUACAACCCCAGCCGCAACUACGACUCCACGUAUGACUACAACCACAGAGUCAACUACGACUCCACAUACGACUACAACCACAGAGUCAACUACGACUCCACGUAUGAAUACAACCACAGAGUCAACUACGACUCCAGCUACGACAACAUCCACAGGGGGGCACACUUUGAGCAUGUCUCGCUGUCUAUGGAUCACUGCUGCAGUUUAUCUCCUUUGGAAGUAACAAUUACACUAGUCUGUAACUAUAGCUGGGAGUCUUUAAUAUAAGCCGGACAAUAUAUCAGUCAGUCGAGUUUAUUGGACUGUACAUUUAUAUUGAUAUCCACAUUUCUUUACUCCGAAAAAACUCCAAACAUCCAUUUUGAGUCGGGUUCUAUUGUUUCAUUGGAUAAAAAUUAAUCUUUUGAACCAGCACUGACUUUUGAAUCUUUAAAAAUGUUCAAAAGUUAUAGUUAUAUAUCAAUUUUAAUAGUUUGUAUAUUUGUUGUUGUCAUCAUAGCUGUGUGGUGAAGUUAAUGAAACUUAACUGAAAGUCAUCCAACUUACCUCUUAUAAAAAAUAAUACAUUUAAUUAUUAUUAUAUACUGCUUCAUCUACUGUGAAUCUUCUUGGGCUUUUUGAGUAACAUAUUAAAAGGAUAUUGACAGAUAUUUAGAGGACGAACUUCCUGACAGAAACCUGUGCCUGAUGUUAGACAUACAUUAUUACUGGUAGGAAAUAAUUUUGCCAUAUCAGCCACAGCAUUAAAACCAGUUAUUACUUAUCGUUGUGGCUGAUCAGUUAAUGUUUACACUAUAAUAUACCACUGAUCUGUGGUGGUUGGAGAGAAGUGAAGGAAAUACAAUUUUUUGUGCAAUGAUAUUUUUCUGGUGUACCCACAGUUUCUUGAUUUCACUCAAGUUUACUAGAUGUUAUGUUAUUAAUAACAGGAGAAACGACAUGGUAAAAUCGAUGAUACUAUAUAUUUAUAGCAAAGUGCCAAAUAGAUUCAGAACUCAUCUGAGCCAACUGUGACAAUAAGAUGAUUUAUCAGAGAGGAAGGUUUGAAGUGUAAACUUAACUGUAAUGAGUGAGUCUGCCCCUCGAACCCCCUGAAGCUUGGCAGCUGAAGAUUCCAACACCAAUUAUGUAAUUUGAGAGUGA